CAACUCUAUUAGCCAAUCAAAUCCCUCCACCUAAGCUCCCUUUCAACUCCUUAUCCUCUCUCUUGAUCGCCAAUCCUUUCUUCCACAAAUCCUAAAAAAACCAUCCUUUCACUCUCCACACUCCAAUCUUCCUCUGUUUUCUUGGGGAAAAAAAACACAAAAAAAAAGAGAGGAAAAAAAAAACAACAUGUCUCUUACUAUUCCUUCAAACCUUUCAAAACCCAUUUCAACAUCUAAAUUUGGGUCUCAAUUUACCACAAAACAAAGAACUUCAGCCAUUGUGUGUUGUUCAAACCAGACCCCUGUUUCUAAUUCAACAGAGGAAAGUUGUUCAUCAUUAAAGGCAUUCUCUGCCGCGCUUGCUUUGUCUUCUAUUCUAUUGUCAGCACCAGUUCUUCCAGCUUCUGCUGACAUCUCAGGUCUCACCCCUUGCAAGGAUUCAAAACAGUUUGCUAAAAGGGAGAAGCAACAAAUCAAGAAGCUUCAGAAUUCUUUGAAGCUUUACUCUCCUGAUAGCGCCCCUGCACUUGCUAUCAAUGCCACUAUUGAAAAAACUAAACGCAGGUUCGACAACUACGGUAAACAGGGACUGUUAUGUGGAUCAGAUGGACUGCCACAUUUGAUAGUGAGUGGUGACCAGAGGCAUUGGGGUGAGUUCAUCACACCAGGGAUCCUCUUCUUGUACAUUGCUGGAUGGAUUGGAUGGGUAGGAAGGAGUUACUUGAUUGCCGUAAGAGAUGAAAAGAAACCAACAAUGAAAGAGAUCAUCAUCGAUGUUCCGUUGGCUAAUAGGCUCGUCUGGAGAGGCUUCAUCUGGCCUGUUGCUGCUUACAGAGAGUAUUUGAAUGGAGAUCUCAUUGAUCCUAAUGUCUAAUUUCAUAUAAUCGCGCUUUCACUUGUUUAUAUGAUGAAAAGAACAUUGAUUGCGAUGGAUGAUUGUUAAUUACUUCUAUAUUUUAUUACGGUGUUAAAAGAUUGUAAGUAUUGUACGUGGCUAUAUCCGCAGUUCUAACAUGAAUUUCAGAUAUCAGAUGGUUAAAUAAGAGUUUUACGGA